UCGUCCUUGUUCAUCUACUCGUUAAUCCCUUGUCAAAUUUUUUGACUUUUUGUUACAGAGAGCAUUCGGGACUCUUCUGAAUGUCUUAAAACUAUCUGUCAGUCGGUCCCUCUCACGUUUUGACAUCAAAGGUUUUGGUUGUUUCUGGGAUUUUUGAGUUGCCUGAGGUCGUCAUUAGUUGCAGAGUCGCAACAGCAACAACAGCAACAAUGGCAGAGCAACAAGUUGCUUCUCCAAUUCGUCGUGUCCUUCUCAUCUCCGCUGGUGCAAGUCACUCUGUUGCUCUUCUCUCUGGUAAUGUUGUCUGCUCUUGGGGACGAGGAGAGGAUGGGCAGUUAGGCCAUGCUGAUGCCGAAGAUCGAUUUUCACCUACACAUUUGAGCGCAUUGGAUGGCCAUCAAAUAGUAUCUCUUACUUGUGGAGCUGAUCAUACAACUGCUUACUCUGACUCACGUUUGGAAGUCUAUAGUUGGGGCUGGGGUGACUUUGGGAGAUUAGGUCAUGGCAAUUCUAGCGACUUGUUUACACCUCAGCCAAUAAAGGCAUUACAUGGUCUGAAGAUAAGGCAGAUUGCUUGUGGAGACAGCCAUUGCUUAGCAGUGACGAUGGAAGGUCAGGUACAAAGUUGGGGGCGGAAUCAAAAUGGUCAACUUGGUCUUGGCACCACAGAAGAUUCUCUUGUGCCACAGAAGAUUCAAGCAUUUCAGGGAGAGUUUAUCAAAAUGGUUGCUGCUGGUGCUGAACAUACAGCAGCUGUUACAGAAGAUGGGACAUUGUACGGAUGGGGAUGGGGCCGCUAUGGUAAUUUGGGCUUAGGUGAUAGAAAUGAUCGCUUGGUUCCAGAAAAGGUUUCUCUUGGUAAUAGUGAGAAGAUGGUUAUGGUUGCAUGUGGGUGGCGGCAUACAAUAUCGGUUUCCUCGUCAGGUCAAUUAUACACAUAUGGGUGGAGCAAAUAUGGUCAACUUGGACAUGGUGAUUUUGAGGAUCACCUUGUACCUCACAAGCUAGAAGCCUUGAGUGACAACUUUAUUUCUGAGGUUGCCGGUGGUUGGAGGCAUACUAUGGCAUUAACAUCUGAUGGAAAACUUUAUGGCUGGGGAUGGAAUAAGUUUGGACAGGUUGGAGUUGGUGACAAUUUGGAUCACUGUUCCCCUUUGCAAGUUAAAUUUCCCAAUGAGCAGAAAGUAGUUAAAAUAUCUUGUGGAUGGAGACACACACUUGCUGUUACUGAAAGGCAAAAUGUAUUUUCAUGGGGGAGAGGUACAAAUGGACAGCUUGGGCAUGGGGAAUCUGUUGACCGGAAUAUUCCAAAGAUUAUAGACUCUUUGAGUGCUGAUGGAUGUAGUGGGCAACAGAUAGAAUCUUCAACAGUUGAUCCAUCAACAGGGAAAACUUGGGUGUCGCCAUCAGAGAGAUAUGCAGUUGUUCCUGAUGAAACUGUUCGAGGGCAAACAUCUGUUCCAGUCAAAGGGAAUGGGAAUGAUGCAAGUGUUCCUGAAACUGACGUGAAACGCGUACGGCUUUAAAUAUUUUUCAAGCGUACUUAAGCAUAUGCCAAUCUCAUGUUCUGAGAACAUGGAUGACCUAACAAAAAUGCCCCUCGUCUCAACUUGGUUAUAAUUUCAUUCGACUUGGAAACUCUACAUGUAACUUUGUCCUUGUUUGAAUGUAAACGAAAUUUUAAAUGCUUGUUGGUUUCAACAGUUUUUGUUCGAAUGCAUCCUAUUUUUAUGUUUUUCCUGGAAAA